AUGCGUUCGCCGAACGGGGGAAAGCCCUUUCCUGAUAUCUCAUCCCGCUUGUCCCAUUCCCAAGUUCCCAGGAAGUGCCGGAAGAAAGAAAGGACAUUGAGGACAUUCAUUGACCCAGCAACCCAGUCGAAAAAGAAGAAGAAGGAGGAGGAAAGCCCUCCCUUGCGUCCCCGGACGGCUUCUGAGAUAUGGGCAGAAUGCAGGGCCGACACGGGACAAAGGAGGAAUCCCUCCGUAGGCAAAAGCGAGAGGAAGGCCAAGCAUCGCAUCACCGGACUGAUGAUGGACGGACGGAUGGACGAACAAGCCUUGACCCAGACCCAGACCCAGACCCAGAGUCAGAGUCAGAACCAGAACCAGAACCAGACUCAGAUUCAGACUCAGACUCAGACUCAGACCCAGGCCCACACUCACACUCACACCCACACCCACACCCAGAUCCAGACCCAGCUCCUCCAUCGUGCUCAACGCACGAUAGCAUCCCCGAGAAUGCCUCCUGCCCGAAAUCAACCUUCCCGGAAUCAGCCACCCAUGGUCCCGGGAGGGUCGUUGAAGCCCGCAAAGACCGAGCGCACACACGAAGAAAACCAAGAGAGGGCAUACAUUGCCGCGUCUCGUCGCAGCGACCGAAGUCUCGAGGCUCGAGUCGAGUCGGCUCGUCGCGCCUCAGAGAUACACAGGCGUCGGACGGGACGCGGUCUCCGGGUCACCGAGGCGGAUGUCAUGAACGAGGAGAUGUAUGAGGAAGAGGACGACGGCUUCCCGAGACAGUACCUGCAGCUUGCGGCCCAUCUGCAGAGCGGCAAUCGCGAAUUCAACUCCAGGUUAGAAGCGUAUCUGACGUCGAACGUGGCGAUCCGAGCCGCGCUGGAAAAGACCAUCUGGAACUCGUACGUGCAGCAAGGUCUCGUGUCGCCAUACCCGCCGCAGUUUGCAGGAAAUUUCCCGUCGCCGAUGCUAGCACAUCAGUAUCAACAGCCCGCGAUGCAGACGCCGAUGCAAUCACCGCAGCAGCCACCGCAACCACCGCAGGCCCCGCAGCCAUCGCAGCAGUACCACUACAGACAGGCUCCGUACCCCAGCCCCCGGUCCCAUUCGAUCGCCGCACCAUCUCUCAAUCGCGAGCCUUCCAUCAAGCCAGAGACGUCGACAAGCGCACAAGUCAGCCCGCUGGGGACCACCGACAACCGACGAAUGUCCUUGCCGGUCACGCCCGCUACCACCCAUGCAUCUGCAGCCAAUACGCCAGCUUCGCCAUCGGGCCCGAUCCCGAGCCGAAAUCCGUCUUUCCCACAAAGCCUGUUCACGCUGGAUUUGCCCCAUAGGCCCGCUACCCAAGAAUCGGCAGCCCAUCCCUCCGCGUCGCCACCGGCCUCGACACCGAAGCCAAAUCCCGCUUUCCCACCAGGCCUGUCCGCUCAGGAGUUGGGGCUACCAGCCCCCCAGGCGCAACGCAACAUCAACCUGUCGCAGAGCAACACCGGCACCACCUUCGGACCGUUCAGCACCGCCCUGCCCAACGACGCCGCCACCUUCUUCGGUUCCCCGUUCACCUAUGGCAAUCCCUCCACGCCCAACCCCGCUGAGAGCGUCGGAAGGUUCAACUGGGCCAACAGUGACGUGCCACCGACGAACAGCAUGGGCAACUCGCAGAUGUAUCCCAGCAUGACCGGCCUGAACUCGACGCUCGCGUCGGCGGGCGAGACCUACCCGACCGAGGCACGGUACCAAACCGACGGCUUCUUCAACGACGCCAUGGCGAGUGGCUCAGGCGUGACCCCUAGCUUUGACAGCGAGUUCUUCAACUUCGACAAUUUCGGCGAGGACGCCCCUCAAUAG